UUUUACAAAAAACUUAUUUUUUGCCCCUAUAUGUGAUUCUUCAGAAUCAGAAUCCUUUAAUAGUCCCACAUUGGGGAAAUUUGAGGGUUUACAACAGCAGCGCAAGCACAAUGCAACAAGAGCAAAAGAAAAACAACAUAUUUAAGAAACAAAAACAACAAUGAGCAAAAAAGUAUAAUAGUCAACAAGUAAAUAAAUAAUAAGUAGUAGAACAACUAAAUAAUACAAUUAAAUAAUUAAAUAAUUAAAUGAAUUGCACAAAUUUCACGAAAUGUGUUGUGAUUCAAUGGGAUCACAGCUGGUUGUACAGUCUGAAAGCAGCAGGAAGGAAGGACCUGCGGUACCUCUCCCUCACACACCGGGGAUGAAUCAGCCGGUGGCUGAAGGAGCUGUUUAGAGCUCCUUGUGUUAUUUAAAAAAAAGUUACAUUUAUUAAAUGUAAAUAAAGUGUGUGAUCCAGUGUCCUCACACUAAGGAACUACACUCAUAAUGUCAAAAGUGUAUUUAGUGUGUUAUGUAAGAUUUACAAACUUUCUCCAACAUCCACCUCCGCAUCUUGAGUCAUUUCGUGCUUUUUCAUGCAGCCACAGUUUUUGCUUAACCUUCAAACUGCUUGGGACCAGGACUCAUCCAGCUGAGCGCUGUGGCCAACUGCCAAACUCUGUGGCCCCGAAGGCCCCGGGUUCACUGUGUGGGGCCUUUUGUGGUAAUUUGAUUUAUUGAUUAAUAUAAAACUAAAAUGAAUGGCUUCGGGGGCGACUCCUACAUCUGUGCCUAAUCUCUUGUGUAAUAACCCUGUCCACUAUUAAUACCUCUGACAUUUCAGGGGAUGUUGUGCUCACAGGGCGCCGGUCCUUGAGGUGUGUUUAACGGGAGGUGUAGCGGCUCUCCCGGACCCUCGGAUCGGCCUCGGACGCCCGGUACAUCGGUGAGUCCGCUCCAGUCUCCGGACCAGUGACGAUCCGCUCCUCGUUCUCCUCCCUCCCACCUCCCCGAGCGCCACGCCGUGAUUGGCCGCUUGUCAGGAAGAAAGAGCUGCUGUGUUGAGGCCGAGCUCUCAGACACAGGCAGGACCCGGGCGAUGGAGGAAAACCACCGCGGAGGCGAUGCACACUUCCCCGCACACUCCUAACGCGUAUUGAGUAGCUGAGCGCCACUGGCAGCACAGACCGAGAGUCCGUGCUCCAGCCGCCGAGGCCUCUGUGAGCCCCCCCCCCCUACCCUGCCCGGGCUGCUUGUCGCCUGCCUCCUGGUCGCAGUCAUCCAGACCCGCUGGAUCUGCUCCGUGGCGACACAGCCACAGACACAUCAGGGACUCGAGUGCUCAAGCUGCCCGGAGGAGACGCGCCCGGCCGGCUUGUUGCUGCCGGUAGCCGCUGCUAACUGCCGGGGCUCGUAAACAACAAGACAGCGCUCCAACUCCAUGGAAGAAGUGAGCGGCGGAGCUCCGUCUGGGUUUUGCGCAUGAGGAGCCGCUACGACUAUUAUUGAGCCGCACGCAGCUGGUGUCCGCGUGAAAGAGCCGCUCCUGGGGUGGCGCGAGCGCGGAUUUAUUUGGCUGGAGCAUCGGACCAGCAGCAGUUUGAAGCCUCCCCGCAUCAGUGCCAUGAAUCAGCCUGGACAACAGCUGCUACCCACAUAGAGGUCACUUCACCUCUCUUUCCAUUUGCUGUGGUCCAGAGGAUGCUGGUAAUGUGUCGCGGGCGCAGGAAGUUCCUGGCGGCCACCCUUGCCCUGGUCUUCAUCCCAACACUCACCUGGCUUUACCUGUCAGUUGGGAGCUUUCAAGUGAAGCCCCUCCCUCUUUCCCCACUGGAAGUCCAGUCAUCGACGGCGGUGGGCGGAGUGGGCGAGCGGCAGGCCCUGGAGCUGCGGGUGCGGGCGGUGGAGGAGGAGAACCGGGCUCUGCGCCGGGAGCUCAGCCAGCCGCCGAGGAUCCCGCCAGCGCGCCUCCCAAACGGCAGUCACCGUGGCAACCAGAGCCGAGCCCACUCGGAGGAGGGCACCGGCGACAACGAGGGCCAGAAAGCGGCGGCGGCGGGGAACAGUUCCGACUGCGUGCAGCAGCCGGUUGUGGAUAAGUGCGAGACCAUCCACGUGGCCAUCGUAUGCGCAGGUUACAAUGCGAGCCGAGACGUGGUGACACUGGUCAAAUCUGUCCUUUUCCACAGGCGGAACCCUCUACAUUUCCAUUUCAUCACAGACUCCAUUGCUCAGCAGAUCCUGUCCUCUCUGUUCCACACCUGGAUGGUUCCCGCCGUCAGGGUUGAUUUCUACGACGCAGAUGAGCUGAAGAGUGAGGUGUCAUGGAUCCCGAACAAACACUACUCUGGGAUCUACGGUCUGAUGAAGCUUGUGCUCACCAAGACGCUGCCGUCCGACCUGCAGAGGGUCAUCGUUCUGGACACUGACAUUACCUUUGCCACAGAUAUCGCUGAACUCUGGGCUGUGUUUCACAAGUUCAGAGGUCAGCAGGUUCUGGGUCUGGUGGAGAACCAGAGUGACUGGUACCUUGGGAACCUGUGGAAGAACCAUCGGCCCUGGCCGUCUCUGGGCAGAGGCUUCAACACCGGGGUGAUUUUGCUUCUCCUGGAUCGGCUACGGAAGCUCAGAUGGGAGCAGAUGUGGAGGCUGACUGCAGAGAGAGAACUAAUGAGCAUGCUAUCCACCUCACUGGCAGACCAGGACAUCUUCAACGCUGUGAUCAAACAGAACCCGUUCCUGGUUCACCAGCUGCCGUGCUUCUGGAACGUGCAGCUGUCCGAUCACACACGCUCUGAGAAGUGCUACAAGGAUGUUUCAGACCUGAAGGUGAUCCACUGGAACUCCCCCAAGAAGCUACGGGUAAAGAACAAGCACGUUGAGUUUUUCCGGAACCUCUAUCUGACCUUUCUUGAGUACGAUGGCAACCUGCUACGGCGUGAGCUGUUUGGCUGUCCCAGCGAGGCCGACCACAACAGUGAGAACCUCCAGAAGACUCUGUCCGAGCUGGACGAAGACGAUCCUUGCUACGAGUUUCGCCGAGAGCGAUUCACCGUCCACCGAACCCACCUGUACUUCCUCCACUAUGAGUACGAACCAAGCUCGGACAAUACUGACGUCACUCUUGUCGCUCAGCUCUCCAUGGACAGGCUCCAGAUGUUGGAGGCCAUCUGUAAGCACUGGGAAGGCCCAAUCAGCCUGGCCCUGUACCUGUCCGAUGCCGAGGCCCAGCAGUUCCUGCGUUAUGCUCAGGGCUCCGAAGUGCUGAUGAGCCGAGGGAACGUAGGUUACCACAUCGUCUACAAGGAGGGACAGUUCUACCCAGUCAACCUCCUGCGGAACGUGGCCAUGCGGCAGGUCAACACACCCUACAUGUUCCUUUCAGACAUCGACUUCCUACCCAUGUAUGGCCUCUACGAAUAUCUCAGGAAGUCAGUGGUGCAGCUGGACAUGGCCAACAACAAGAAAGCUCUGGUGGUUCCGGCCUUUGAGACGCUGCGAUAUCGCCUGUCCUACCCCAAAUCUAAGGCUGAGCUGCUCUCUCAGCUCGACAUGGGUACACUCUUCACCUUCAGGUAUCAUGUGUGGACCAAAGGCCACGCACCGACUAACUUUGCCAAAUGGCGGACUGCCACCACGCCCUACAGGGUGCAGUGGGAGGCGGACUUCGAACCCUAUGUAAUGGUGAGGCGGGACAGUCCUGAGUACGACCGCCGAUUUGUGGGCUUCGGCUGGAACAAGGUGGCUCACAUCAUGGAAUUGGAUGCGCAGGAGUACGAGUUUGUGGUUCUGCCCAAUGCUUACAUGAUCCACAUGCCUCAUGCACCCAGCUUCGACAUCACCAAGUUCCGCUCCAACAAGCAGUACCGGGUCUGUCUCAAGACCCUGAAGGAGGAGUUCCAGCAGAACAUGUCGCGGCGCUACGGCUUCGCCGCCCUUAAGUACAUGACGGCCGAGAACAACAGCUAGCCACUGCUGCUGACCCUCGCACCCCCGGUGAACUGCUGAACACACUCCAGAGCCUGGGGGUGUGGUGGA